AUGCCCUCAGCGAGCAACUCAUCAGCUUAUUAUGAAUCAGACGACUCGGAGUUUCUUGCUGCAUUGCAAACCGCAGUUUUGCCGGGCGAUGUACCGGGUGACAUCGAGGUCAAGGACGUUGUCAUUGACGAACGGCCGCCACCCUGCUCACAACCUUCUUUGAAACGGCGUCUUGACUCCGACGUAGACGAUGAUACCUACGGCCCCUCAAAGUUUGGAGGGUUUAGCGAGUACAUGAGACGUAAGCGAGCUAAGCUUCAAGUUCAGAAUACCGCAAUUGGGAGUGCGUCGGAUCAAAGGAUCUUUGAUGGGUUGGCAAUCUACAUCAAUGGUUAUACAGACCCUUCGGUGCAGGUGCUGCGUGAAUUAAUUGUACACCAUGGUGGUAUAUAUCAUCCGUAUUUGGACAAGAAAGCUUUAGUGACACACAUAAUAACAUGCUCCCUCACGCCUGCCAAAAUUCGUGAGUUCCAGAAUAUGAAAGUUGUCAGGCCAGAGUGGUUGGUGCAGAGCGCAGAGCAAGGAACAUUAUUGCCAUGGCGUGAUUUCAUCUUCAAGCCCACUCAGCGUGCGGAACCCAUGCAAGGUGCCUCGUCAACGCAGUCUUCACUCCCCAUGGCUCCGGCACCCUCUGAACAUGUUACUCAAGCACAAGAGCAUAGGGAAGCGCGUGCCCCACAGUAUGCAGCACACAAAUCGAACCCAAACGCAUCCCGCCUGAUGUCAGAUCCCAAUUGGCGUGCGGCCCAUACCUCCGCGGCCCCCAGUUUCAUCGAGGGGUACUACAAGAACUCACGGUUGCAUCACCUUUCGACAUGGAAAGCAGAACUGAGAAAGCUCAUUUCCGAAGCGCAGGAACGCGCCCAAGUCGCGCGCGAUAAUUCUAGCCACAGUGCACGUUUACUUCAUGCUGGGACCGGUACUAGUAUGAAGAACGCUGAAUGGGCAUUGAAGUCACCGUCGAAGAGUAAGGGGAAAGGCAAGGCGAAGGCUACUGUCGAUGAUGAGAAGGUUAUCAUGCAUUGUGAUUUCGACUGCUUUUUCGUAGCAGCUAGUCUGCUGGGACGCCCGCAAUUCAAGGGGCAGCCAUCGGUUGUUUGUCACUCUCAAGGUGGACAAGGCGGAAUGAGUAGCACGAGCGAAAUUGCAUGCGCGAGUUAUGAAGCCAGGGCGAAAGGAGUAAGAAAUGGCAUGAGCCUACAACAGGCGAGGCAACUAUGUCCGGGGAUUGUCACACUGCCAUAUGAGUUUGAAAAGUACAAAGAAAUCUCAUUGAAGUUCUACACUACCCUCCUAACGUAUGCCGACGAAGUGGAGGCCGUCUCUGUUGACGAAGCCAUGAUCGAUGUCACAACGACAAUACGGGAUAAGAUGAAGAAUUCCGCGGGUGUUAAAGACGAAGCAAUGGAGUUCGCCGAAAAACUGAGGAAGGAGGUCCAAGCAGCGACCGGCUGCGAGAUCAGUAUAGGCAUAUCCGAGAACAUGCUGUUGGCGCGGUUGGCUACUCGACGCGCUAAACCCGCCGGGGCGUACCAUCUCAUAUCAGCGGAUGCUCCAACGUUUCUUGCUCCAUUAUCUAUAUCCGACCUUCCAGGCUUUGGGCAUGCUGCAAAGCAAAAAAUAGAAGAAAAGUUCCGGACCGCAAUCUUAGGUGACCUUCUCGCACGGAGUAAAGGCGAACUAUCGGAGGUGUUGGGACCAAAAACUGGGGAAACACUGUGGAAAGCCAUCCGGGGAGUGGACGAACGAGUGCUUACGAGUGAAAAGAAGAGGUCUUCCGUCUCUUCAGAGAUAAAUUACGGGAUCCGCUUCGAGGAUAACACACAAGCGCGGGCGUUUGUAUUCCAAAUGGCCGAGGAAGUUAGCCGGCGAAUGAAGGACAUUUCGGUUGUAGGGCGAUCCUUAUCGCUAAAGAUCAUGAAACGAGAUCCAAAGGCGCCUGUUGAGGCUCCGAAGUUCCUUGGACACGGCGCAUGCGACGUGUUCAAUAAGCAAUCGCCCCUUUCUGGCAUAGGUGGAGGGGCGACUGACGACCACCUCAUCAUCGGUGACCAUGCCUGGCGCAUCCUGAAAUCCUUCAAUUUUGAUCCCAGAGAAUUACGGGGCAUUGGCAUUCAUAUUGGUAAACUGGAGCCUACAAGGAUGGCCAUUGCUGCUGCUGGCCCGCAAGGCAAACUUCCCUUCCGGUUUGCACAAUCGCCCACCAAGAAGGUAACGCGGUUCGCAGAGACCGCGCCGACCAAACCCCUCGUCGAUCUCCAGCCCCCGGAAAGCAAGAACGAGUUUGAUCUGCCGUCGUUCUCCCAAGUUGAUCAGGAUGUCUACCACGCGCUUCCAACCCAGAUUCGUAAUGAAGUGGAUGAAGAAUACAAACGUCGUUCCGUAACGCCAGUUCCUCCGAUCACGGCUGGGCCGUCAAUAUCCUCGUACCAAAGCAAAGGACCUGUGGGAACCAAGGCCCAGAAUCUUCGGCGUAUCGCUCAAGGGCUUGCACCUAGGAGCCGUUCUUCCUUGUCGCCCCAACUCCAUCGCCUCCUAGCCGCUAAACCAAAAGGUCUCUCCAGAUCUUUGCGUGUGCCCCAAGAAGAAUUACAGCAGUUGGAUAUAGACCCAGUUGUUUUCGGAGUCCUGCCCCCUGAGAUACAACGCGAACAAUUGAUUAUGGCACGGCACCUGAAGGCUACAGGGAAACUGCCCGCUCCUCCGAAGAAGCGGAAGGUCUUGAAGCCAAUAUUCCGGUCGUCUCUUACGCCGUCAAAAAUUCACCGACGACCAUUUCCGAAGGCAAACUUCAUUCAACCAGCGUUUCUCAAACAAAGGGGGCCAAAGAAAGGAGAGAAGCUUUAUUUCAGCGAGACGGACGAUGUACAAAAACUCGUUGAGAAAUGGGUGAACGGCUUCCGCGAGAUACCUCCAAAGGAUAAGGACGUAGAAUUCUUCUCCAAAUACCUGCUGCAAAGUGUUGACGGACGCCAGGCGACGGAUCAAGGGAUGGAAAAGGCGAUCGCUGUGCUCAAGUGGUGGAUGGUCCUAUUGCGACGUUCGUGGAGUGAGUGGGAGAAGCCCGCAUCAGAUGGUGCGCAGACACAAGUAGAGGUGGGCAGUGGACCCAGGCGUGUCACUUCGGAGAUGGUGGGAAGAGCAUGGUGGCGUGCUUUCUGGAAGGUGAAAGGCGCCAUGGACGACAUUGCGCGGAUACGCUUCGGUGGGAAAUUGUCGUUGAGAUGA